AUGGAGGUGAAGUGGAUUCAUAUGUUGGUCAUCUUCUUCUUCCUGUUGUCUGUUGCAAUGACUGGCUGCUUUCUGUGGCAGUACAGCCUCCCCAAGGUGGAGCCCAGACCAUCUGUGAUGGAAGUGAGAUCAGAAGCUGUGCAGAUGUGCCCCCGCUAUCCUGAACCAGUACCACUGGACCACCCAAUCCCCAUUCUGAAGGAUGCAUUAGAGAAGGUAGAUACGAUGCUGCGCCAGAAGAUUCAUAGCUCUGGUCUCCCUGCCAUGUCUGCCAUUGUUAUCUACAAUGACACCGUGCUUUGGACAGGCAACUUCGGGAAGAAGAAUGGUUCGGACCCCUCCUCAGUAGUGCCCAAUGAAUACACUAUUUACAGAAUUGCCAGCAUCUCCAAGAUCUUUCCCACCAUUAUGUUGUACAAGAUGUGGGAGGAAGGAAAAGUCACUUCUCUCGAUGAUCCAUUGGAACGUUACGCCCAGAACUUUGUAAUUAAGAACCCUCUGGGAAGGCUCAAGGAAUCAGAACAGAGAUACACAGCAGAUGGGCUGAUAUUUUUGGAAAAAGGCUCAAUGCCACUUAAGCCAUCACCUGUUACCUUGCGCAGAAUGGCCAGCCAGCUCUCAGGUCUGCCCAGGAGGCUGCGAUCUACCAGCCUGCUGUGGAAGGGCAAUACACAAGAUGCUCUAGCUCUCCUGAAAGAUGAUGUCUUGGUUGUUGAUCCAGGAACGAGAUGCCAUUACAGUAAUUUGGCCUUCUCACUGAUGGCGCAUGUGCUAGCCGACCAUGCAGCUGAGGGGCAAUACCAGCGCUGGAUCUCGGAGAACAUCCUGGACCGCUUGGGCAUGGAGGACACUGGCUUUGACAUCACGCCACCAAUCCAGUCCCAGAUGGCUGUGGGUUUCUAUGGCAGCCGGCAGCCAGCCCCUCUCUAUGACCUUGGCUGGUACAGGCCUUCUGGCCAGAUGUACUCCACAGCUGCUGACCUUGCCAAGCUGGCAAUGGUCUUCUUAGGUACCUAUCACCGUCAUCUCCUGGCACCUGACACAGUGAAGACAAUGCUCACCCCUCUGUUUAAGUGCUCCACUGAAUACUUUGCUAACAAGACUGGCACACCCUGGGAGAUUAAUGAGCAAUUGGGAUAUGAUGUCAUUAGGAAGGAUGGAGACCUCGAUGGUUAUUCAGGAACCUUCUCUCUUAUCCCCAAGCUCCGCCUGAGCUUCAUUGUGCUGAUGGCAGGGCCCAGGCCUCCAGGUGGAGAUAUUGUGACUCACACAUACGAGUAUCUUAUUCCUGCCAUGGAGACAGCAUUCAGAGAGGCAGAGAAAAGCUUGAUGCCUCCUCCAAGUCCAGGCCCUUAUGUUGGCUAUUAUACCUAUUCCAACCUGACUUUCUAUGAGAUCAAAGUUGGACCUGGUGGGGUGCUGGUCAUGCAGCAGUUUGGGCCUCACGUGGAAGAGCUGAUUCCUGAAAAGUACCGGACAAUCAAGCUUCACCACCUGGAAGAUCGUGUUUUCCAAGUAGUUUUUGACAAGGAGUUCCCAUGUGUUUUGCACCUGGGCUCUGCCUCCAUCUCACUGGAGACCCAGAAUGGUCAGCUAUUUAACUUUUAUCCAUUUGAUCGCAAAGGUUUGUCUCCUGGUUUUGAUGCACCAGGGCUGAACACAUACAAUGUGGUGCGUGUACUUCGUAAACCUGUAUUCUAUAGCUAA